AACCUCUGUCCUCAUUGUCUGUCUUGGUGCUGCUGUAUGUACAGCGUUGCACAGUAUGACAAAUAAUGUUAAGAGCUUUUCAGUGGGAUAUAAUCCCAUAAACAAAAGCAAUAUUUUCAGCAGUGGUGAUCAUAUCUCUGGACAGAUAACGCUGGAACUGACAGCAGAUUCCAACAUAGAAGCGCUCAGCAUAAAGCUGAAAGGCAAAGCACAAGUCAGAUGGACUGAACAUUAUGGAAGGACAACUGUAACAUACCAGAACAAACACAAGUACUUCAGUUUCCAGCAAUUUAUCAUUCAGAAGAACCAGGGCAAUAACAUUGUGCGUGCAGGCUGCAAUGUCUACCCAUUCACCUUUCAGAUCCCAGCAGAAGAGCUGCCAUCCUCCUUCAAGGGCUCAUUUGGAAAAAUCAGGUACACACUGGAGGCAGUCCUGAGCAGGUCGAUGAGAAUGGACAGCAAAACCAAGGCAGAGUUCACCCUCAUUCACAAACAAAACCCGGGCAAUGAUCCAGUGCUUAUGACACCACAGCGCAAUAUGGUUGAUAAGAAGACGAACCUCUUCUCUUCUGGAGCUGUAGCCAUGGAUGUAAAUAUCGCCCGAACAGGUUUCCGCCAAGGCGAAGGCAUACAGGUCGUGGCCUCCAUUCAAAACAAAUCGUCACGUGAUAUCAAGCCCAAGUACUCCUUGUAUAGCAAGUACAGCUAUUUUGCAAAAGGAAAGAGGAAAGUCCAAACAAAAAACAUCCUGAAAGAGGUGGGGGAUGCCAUCCCACCUUCUGCCGGUGUGACGGUCACCAGGAUCAUAACCAUCCCUCCCAUCACCUGCGUGUCUGUCUUAAACUGCGAUAUCCUCAAAGCAGAGUACAGGCUCAAGGUCUAUUUGGAUGUCAAGUACGCUUCAGAUCCAGAGAUCAAGUUCCCCAUAGUCGUCCUGCCCGCUGUAGAGAGUGUUGAUGAAGAGGGGAACCUACAGUUGCCUGAUGUUCCUUCUUAUGGAUAUGGGGCAUUUUCAGACUCUGACAUGCUCGGAGGGACCAGCUUUCCGUACAACCCAGCAGCAUCUGGCCCUCCUCCUCCACCACCUUAUGGGACAUAUGAUCUGUACCCCCCCUUAACCGGUUUUGACAAAAAGUCUUAGAAGCUCAAACAUAGGUUUGGAGAACACGGGGCUCGCUUUAUUAAAGUUAGGAGCUACCAUGAUUGAUUAAAGGUUUCCUCCAUGGGGACAAUGAAACAGCAUGUCUAUUUAGUACAAUUAUUGUAGGUGAAGUGUGUUUUAGGGCUAGAGUAGAGACAGCAUCUUGAUCUUCACUGAAACAAGCAGUUUCAAAAUCAGAAUCAGAAUCAGCUUUAUUCAUCCACGUGGGGCAAUUAGGAGAGCAAAGAGUGGAACAUUUUAUGGAUGGGCAUAAGCAGCAUAUUGUGUUCAAUUGCAGGCCUGAUGCCAGUAACAGCAUGAAUGGUUUUUUACGUAGGUAAUAAGGCAGAAGUAUCUAUAAAGAGUCUAGAUGUAUAGUAGCAAAUCUGAAAUAAAUAUAACAAAUAUAAAUAUCUGAUACAGUAGUAGUAAAUAAUGUGAAGCAUGGAUUAAACUCAAGAAGAACUGGA